AUGAAGGCAAAUUCUAAAGUUACUAGCGCAAAAGAAGUUCUGAAGCUGCUUCGGCAGGCUAUCGCUGCACGUCAACGUGUCAAAGCGCGUGUUUACCAUGACUACCCGGAGGGUGCUACCCGCGCCAUUCAGAAAUUGAAGAUCUUCGAUUCAUAUGCGCAAGCCUCGUGCCGAUUCAUAUGCCAAGAGAUCCUCCACUCUCUGCCAACCGAGUUAUGCGACAUGAUUAUUGAACUUAUCAUCGGCCGCAACAGCGCAGAUGUCACGGCAGAUCCGUGUUGCGAGCCAAUAUACCCCAUGGUGGACUCUCCGCCACUCGAGCAUUACUGGAAGGUCGAAUAUGUUGGAAAACCUAUGUUGGCGAGAAUGAUGACUGUCUGGUACCACAACAGCAGCUUCAUGGUUCUUUGGAGGCACACAUGUUUGAGAGUCCUUCUCGAUGAAGAGGCUGCUUGCAUUCAUAUUCCGCGCUACAAGUUGAUUACGAAGAUUUCCAUCGCUGUGUGGCCGGACAGUCUUGCGUUGGAUAGGAAGAAAAAUCGUCAGAAUCGAAGCGUGAUGCCUUCGUACUACCCACCGGAAACGUUGACAGGGCUGAUUCAAGACUUCGAAUCAUUGUUCAAGUUGAGGAGCUGUGCAUCGAUACAUAUCCUUUUCAACUACCCGGAGCGCUCUUCUGUAGGGGAUGAUGAUCGAAGAAGUCUCUUCUUGAAAGGCACCGCCAUGAUGUCUGCAUCUCUGUGUCGCUUGAGGAACGCUGGAUACAUUCUCGGCGCCAGCAUUCACGUGCUUGGGGGAAGUCUACGACCACAUGAUACCUUUGAAUAUUUUCUCGAGGAAGGAAAAUUGCAGGCAGGAUAUUCUGACUGUCUGCCUGCAGACGACACGGGUAUGGUUUGGCGACCAUCCAAACCAAAAGCUUCUGGCACUUAG